AUGUUUAAGUUUAUACUCAUCACUGCCUUGAUCGCCUACGUGGCAGCCGCUGGGGAAGAAGCACAUGCUGAAACCAAAAAUUUGGAUGUUAAUGUUGAAGCUGACGGUUUCAAAUACGAUUUUGAAACGAGCAAUCACAUCCAAGCAUCCGCCCAAGGUGAUGCUCAUGGAAAUGCUGAUGGCCAUUUCGAAUGGAUUUCUCCCGAAGGUGUACAUGUUAAGGUCAGUUACGUGGCUGACGAGCAAGGUUAUCAUCCAGCCAGCGAUUUAUUGCCAACACCACCACCCGUACCCGCUCACGUUUUAAAGGCUCUUGAAUACAUCAAAAGCCAUCCCGGCAAAGAAAACUAA